AUGUCUACUACUAGCAAGACGAAGAACUUGCCACCACUGGACGCUGCCGUGUUCGUUCUGAAAUGGGCAAAAGAAAAUCAUUCGAACUACAUUGUAACAUGGCUGUCGCACAUUUUACCUCUUGAAAGACUCAUUGAAAUCUGCCAAAAGGUGUACUUUUCCGUCCAUGGAUAUACUGAAAUCGAAUUCAUUCUGGCCAACGGUAGUUUUUAUUGGCUUUAUGCGGAAUACGCCAUCAUAUCCAAGCAAACCCAGUUUCACGAGUACGGCAGACAAUGCUGCGAAAACUUUCAAGAUGCGUUCUCUCGCCUUCCGUUUCUAUUGCCUGCCUCGAUGGAAGUCAUUGCAGCGAUGGCUAUGGGUUCGUUGCAUGCGAUUGAACUCUGUAAAGACCUUCUUGCUUGGACGUUCUCGUCGUCAGCUUCGCACCUAUGCCAAACGCUGGGUUUUCACCAGAAUUCAUUUCUUGAAAAUGACAGAGAAGACAUUAAAAAGGCUAAGCAACGGCUCUUCUUUACCAUAUAUCGAAUAGACAAAAGCUUGUCGCUACGGCUCGGACGAUCAUCUAAUAUUCAGGAAUAUAAUGUGCCGUUACCAUGCGACUCUAUGGACAUGAGGUGGAAUAAAUCUGCCAAUAUUCAAGGCAGGGUUUACGACGAGCUAUACAGUUCAUUUGGUCUGUCACGAUCAUAUUCAGACCGUCUGCAAAGCGUCAAAUCUCUGUCUGGCGAAAUUCAGAUGCUGCUUGAUGUAAGAAACUCUGAGCUCGACCGUGCUAGCUAUGAACAAUCUGAUAACAGCUUCAAGGGUUUUGCUCAUACUAUCAGCUCCAUUAAUACAGAUAUAUUGCUCAAAGCACAUCUCGCCGCCGAGCAGGUUGAGCUUCUCUCAGUGCUCACACUUAUCCAUAGAGCCGUUCUUACGCCUGACUCUGGUAUUCCUCCAGACUGCUUCGAGGCCGCAAGCAAAGCAAUGGAUGCCCAUCAACAUGCUAUAGCAACACUACAGGCCUGCACCGAUGAACCUACCCCUGCGGCUAGGUACAUCAAUCGUAUCAUUUUGAACAUGCCAUUCGUGCCCUUCAUUGUCCUCUUUCGCCAAUGCAUCGAGGCUUCUAAUCCUGUUGAUCUCGCUCGUCUUUGUGACUUCGUCACAUCGCUGCAGCCUCUGGAGUUCUCUUCGAAACCAGCCAGAAGUCGCCAACGACUAUUUCAACUACUUCAUAAGGUCGCGCAGCUAUAUGUUGAAUCCGGUUCCAGCCCAAAAAUAUGGAACCAAGGUCUUACGGAUGACGAAUUCAACCAUUACUUGAACAUCCUGGGAUUCACAACGACCGUAUCCUCGUCCAACCAAGAGCUUGUGCCUACAAUUACGAAUGAAUUCACCAAUGAAAUGAUACCUUAG